AUGGCGAGUAAAAUCAAAAAGCUGACCAAGAAAGAACGAUUUUGUAUCGAUUCUCUGCAGAUAAUUUCGGAUUUGAUAAAAAAUUAUUCAGAGGAGAAGGAUAGAGAUAAUUUGGAUUCAUGGGUAGAGAGAUUGGAAUCGAUUUUUGCUCAAUAUGAGGAACUUCGCGUCGAAUUAGAUUUAUUAGAAGAUGAGGGAGAAUUUUUAGAACAUGGCGAUGGUGAUGGUCAUGAUAGAACAAUAGCAGCUUCUGGAAAAACACGUGCUGAAGUCGAAAUUACUUACCUUACAUUGAAGGGUUUUCUCCAAUCAGAAAUUCGCAAGCGUCACCAAUUCGCAACUCAGACUAACGCUCAUCCCGUCCCAUCGACCCCAAUGGCACCUACUAACCAGUUGCGAGUAAGAUUACCGGAACUCAAACUCCCACAGUUUGGUGGAUGUACGAAAGACUGGCCAACCUUUCGCGAUUCGUUUAAAUCGCUUAUCGAUUCUGCUCCGCAACUUAGUAGUGUUGAUAAAUUUUCCUACCUGAAUUCGUCCUUAACCAGUGAAGCCAAACGUGUGAUAGAAGUGAUUGACGUAACCUCCGAAAAUUAUUUAGUAGCGUGGGAAUUGCUGGAAAAACGAUACGAAAAUAAGUACUUGAUCGUUAAAUCGUACGUAGAAUCAUUGUUCAGCGUCGAGCCAAUGAAAAAAGAGUGUCCCGAUUCGCUUAACCGGUUGAUCGAUGAGUAUGAACGGAAUCUUUUAAUGUUAGAGAAAAUGGGGGAACGAACUGAUAACUGGAGUACCUUACUAGUUUUUAUGCUAAGCUCUCGCCUCGAUCCAUCUACUAUGCGUCAAUGGGAAACGCAUCGAAAGUCCAGCAAUGUACCCAGUUACGAGGAACUUAUCGAUUUUCUACGCAGUCAUAGUCUGAUAUUGCAAUCUGUCGUUGCUUCCAAAAAUCGAUCUUCGGAACCUACACGCUUCACUCCCUCUCUUCAACAUUCAAUAAAUAAAAUGAAAACUGCUCACCCAGCCGUCUCGCCUCCGCAAAAUUCUUGCCCAUUCUGCAAACAAAUAGCACACUCACCUUAUCAUUGCGAAAAGUUUCGAUCCAUGACAGUUGCCCAACGUUUCGAAGCUGCAAAGAAAAAUAUGCUUUGCAUAAACUGCCUAUCACGAUCACAUUUAGUUAAAAACUGCUCUAGUGGAGCUUGUCGCGUAUGCAAUAAAAGGCACCAUACGAUGCUACAUCAGCGGACUAAUUCGAAUCCACCAAAUCAACCACAAAAUGCCAACCUUGCAUUGCCCGAAGUGCAGCCUCCUCUUUCGUCGUCCGUAGCAAGCAAGCUCUUACAACCCUCACGAUCAUCUAGUCAUUCACAGUCGCUUGAGAACCCAACCCCCACAGUAUCAGCCUUUUCAACCAGCCAUAAUUCAAUGCCAUCAACCAGCCACCGAUGUACGGUACCUACAACCGUAUUACUUUCAACUGCCUUAGUGAAAGUGUUCGAUUCCAGUGGAUCAUUCUUGUGGGCUCGUGCCUUGCUCGACUCUGGAUCCCAACUAAAUUUUGCAUCGGAGCAACUCGUUCAAAAACUAAACGCGAAGCGCAAAAAAGAUUUUAUACCAAUCAGCGGCGUUGGCUUGUCGUCUACAAUAUCCAAAUACUCAACUAUUAUCAAGCUGCAAUCGCAUGGCACUAGCUUCAGUGCUAGUUGGAACUUUCACAUCCUUCCAAAAAUAACGAUGGAGUUACCUACUCAAACUGUUGACGUGUCUGAUUUCGAUUGGCCAUCAGACAUCACACUGGCUGACCCGUCGUUCUUUAAACCCGGUUCUAUCGACUUAAUUUUCGGCGUUGAGAGUUUCUACGAUUUGUUGAGAGAAGGUCAGUUCAAGGGCAGUACUGAUAAACCUUGUCUGCAAAAUACUGCGUUAGGAUGGGUGAUUUCGGGCCGUAUGAAAUGCAAUUCAAGGCCAGCAACCAGUGUGUCUCAUUUUUGCGCUGCACCGUCUAUAGAAGAACAAUUAUCUCGGUUCUGGGAACUCGAGAGCUGUCGAAUGGAGAGCACGUUGUCGGAAGAGGAAUCGGCUUGUGAGAGUCAUUUCGCCAAACAUACGAUUCGGGAUUCUACCGGUCGUUUUGUUGUCGCCUUACCGAAAAGAGACUCGGUAAUGGCUAAACUAGGAAAUUCGAGAGAGAUUGCUACUCGCAGAUUUCUUUCGCUCGAACGUCGUUUGUCAGCUAAUCCAGCACUGAAAGAUGCUUACUCCGACUUCAUUCAUGAAUACAUACGUCUCGGCCAUAUGAGGGAAAUCGAGAAUUCAGCGAACGAUUGGCCUUCGUAUUAUUUGCCUCAUCAUUGCGUCGUGCGUCCCGAGAGUGUCACGACAAAAUUACGAGUCGUGUUUGACGCAUCGUGCUCAACAGAUUCCGGUGUAUCUCUGAACGAUGCGUUGAUGGUGGGACCGCUCGUACAAGAUGAUCUUCUGACUAUGAUUUUAAGAUUCCGGGUGCCACAGUUUGCUAUCGUGUCGGACAUCGAAAAGAUGUACAGACAAAUAUUAGUCUGCGAGUCUGACCAGCCUCUUCAACGGAUACUAUGGAGAGAUUCUCCAUCGCAAACCAUUCGAGAGUAUCAACUAUUAACAGUAACUUACGGUACUUCGUCAGCCCCCUAUCUUGCCACAAAAUGCCUUCAAAGGCUUUCUCGUGACAGCUUGGAAGUGUCUCCACUAGCAGCAGAAGCUAUAGGAAAGAAUUUUUACAUGGACGAUUUACUUACUGGAACCGAUAGUAUCGAGGAAGGGCAAAAACUUUGCCAGCAAUUGAUGAGCAUAAUCCGUUCUGCAGGUUUCGAGCUUCGCAAGUGGGCCUCUAAUAAUUCUGCUGUACUUGAGCCAAUCCCGGUCCCAUUUAGAGAUCAACGUACAGUGUUGGAAUUAGAUUCUUCACAUUCGCCAAUCAAAACUCUUGGACUUCAGUGGGAUACGGCAGCUGAUAUGUUUUUGUUUGAGCCUCCUAAACAAAAUCAACAAUUUCCAAUCACCAAGCGCGUGGUGCUGUCUAAUAUAGCACGACUUUUCGAUCCACUGGGUCUCGUGGGACCGGUUACUGUUUUAGCUAAGCAGUUCAUGCAAGAUCUUUGGCGAGAUAGAAAGGAUUGGGAUGAUCAAUUGAACGAGUCACAAAAUCAACAAUGGAACGAGUUUAGUGAAGGUCUCCGAGAUCUAUCGUUAAUAAAAAUACCACGCUGGGUGGUAUCCACGUCAGCGGUAAUUGGUUUGGAACUACAUGGAUUCUGUGAUGCCUCCGAGAAGGCAUACGGAGCGUGCAUCUAUAUAAGGGCCGUAUCAUCGACAGGCAGCGUACAUGUAAACCUGCUUACCGCCAAAUCCAAAGUGGCUCCAGUUAAAAAAGUCACUUGUUUGCCUCGUUUGGAACUAUCGGGUGCAUUGUUGUUGAGUCACCUCUUUGAAAAAGUGGCCUCAAGUCUAAAUCUAACCUAUAAAUGCUUUUUCUGGACGGAUUCGACCAUCGUUCUUCACUGGCUGGCUGCCUGUCCGUCACGAUGGAAGACCUUUGUGGCUAAUCGCAUUUCGGAAAUCCAACGAAUUACAGCCCGAGGAGUAUGGGCUCAUGUACCAGGUGCCGAAAAUCCGGCAGACGUCAUAUCAAGAGGAAUGCAUGCUACUCAACUCGCUAACCUAACUUUGUGGUGGAAUGGCCCUCCCUGGUUGUCUCAGUCAUCCAGAUUCUGGCCACCACUAGUACGUCCCCAGCUAGAAGAUGUUCCAUCAGAAUUAUUGGAACAAAAGGUAGUGGCACUUUCGAUCAACAUUGCACCUCCAAAUGAAUUAUUUUUGAGUUAUUCAUCGUUUGGAAAAUUAGUCCGUGUAGUCACAUGGAUCUUGCGUUUCACCAAUAAUUGCAAAGUAAAAAAUCGUUCGAGUCGAACAACAGGAUUUCUUUCAACCGCAGAAAUAAAUUAUGCCACUCUAACUCUUGUCAAACUCGCCCAAGCAGAAAGAUUUGCCCCAGAACUAGCACAAUUAUCCUCCAGCGGUCAAGUUAAGCCCAGCUCACGGAUUAAAAACCUUAUUCCAGUGAUAACGGAUGGAAUAUUGCGUGUUGGAGGCCGGUUACGUCAUGCCCAUGUAGCUUACGAUCAGCGGCAUCCCUUGAUAUUGCCAGACAAACAUCCACUUACCGAACUUAUAGCAAAACACUAUCAUACAAAACUGCUACAUGCUGGUCCACAGCUCAUGAUAGCAGUAAUUCGUGAAAAAUAUUGGCCACUUCGAAUUAGAGAUCUUACGCGACAAAUAGUCCAUUCAUGCGUCAACUGUUUUCGAUGCAAGCCUACGGUGUUGCAGCAAUUAAUGGGCGAGUUACCCCCCGAACGCGUUACGCCUGCCUUUACUUUUCUUCGCACUGGGGUGGAUUAUUGCGGACCAUUCCAGUACCGAAUUACACGGAAGGCAGCUCUCGUCAGAGGCUUCAUUGCUAUAUUUGUUUGCCUAGUAACAAAGGCGGUCCAUAUAGAAUGCGUCGCUGAUCUUUCGACUAGCUCGUUCAUAGCUGCACUUAAAAGAUUUGUAGCUCGCAGAGGGAAGCCUGAACUCAUCCAGUGUGAUAACGCCACUAACUUCAAGGGAGCCAAACGAGAGCUCACCGAACUAGCCCAUUUGUUUCAAUCGCAGUUGCAUCAGGAGAUGGUCACUCGCCACUGCAGUGAAGAUGGGAUUACUUUCAAAUUCAUCCCACCAAGAUCGCCAAAUUUUGGAGGACUCUGGGAGGCUGCCGUCAAAUCUUUAAAGAAACACCUGCGCUGUACUAUUGGCAACGUAAUCCUCUACCACGAUGAAUUUUUGACACUGAUAAUUCAGAUAGAAAGCUGCUUAAACUCUCGCCCACUUACGCAACUCAGCUCCGAUCCUAACGAUUUAGAGGUACUCACUCCCGGGCAUUUUCUUGCCAACCGCGCUCUGACAGCCAUCCCAGAGCCAAAUCUCGAAAACAUCCCACUGAAUCACUUAGAUAGAUGGCAACAAACUCAAGAAUAUGUUCGUCGAAUAUGGAAGCAGUGGCAGUCAGAAUAUCUUUCGGGACUGCAACCUCGUACUCGAUGGACGCAACGUCGGAACAACGUGUCGAUAGGAACCAUGGUGCUGGUAAAAGAGGACAAUCUACCACCCCUCAAGUGGAGAGUAGGUAGAGUGGUCAACUGUUUCAAGGGCGACGACGAUCAUAUCCGCGUAGUCACGGUCCGAACGAAGGACGGUGAAUUUCGACGAAGCAUCUCCAAGAUUUGCGUACUACCGAUUCAGCAAACUGGUGGGGAAGCCACUGGCCAGUAA